ACCCGACGAGGAUUUAUAUUCCACUCUUUUCCGUCAACGUCCUUUCAAAUUGGGCCUGGUCCAGGCGAAUCUGACAGGAUAUCGCCGCAGCCGCCCAAACUUGAUUCAGGUGUCGCUCGCCAGAAUUCCUAGGGGUCCUGCUAUCGCCAUACCAUCGCAGUCAGCAUAUCGCCGCAGUCGCAUAGAAUCGCCAUCGAAUACCAACGCAGUCGCAUACCAUCGCAAUCGCAUACCGUCGCAGCCGCAUACCAUCGCAGUCGCACACCAUCGCAGUCGCAUACCUAUCGCAGCCGCCAGACCCUCGCGGUCGCACACCGUCGCAGGCGCCAUGGAUUGGGAGGGUCAGCGACUCGCCGAGUACCUGAUGCAGAUCAUUCUGCUCGCCGGCGGUGCCGUGGCGUUCGGAGCCGGAUUCCUCUACUCCUCCUUCGCCCUCAUGAUGUACAUCCACUUAGGCGCCACGCUGCUAGCGUGCCUCGUGGUGGUUCCCGAUUGGCCCGUUUUCCGCCGGCACCCGCUGACGUGGCUCGAGCCGCGGCCGGCGGAGUCCACGUCGACAGUCCAGGAGAUGCUGAAGGCACGGGUGUCGAAAAAGGCGGGAAAGGCGAAGAAGUGACGAGGGAGGAGGAAUCACAGCAUACCCUCCCUCCCACCCUCGCAGCAGCAGACCCAUGUAUGCCUGUCUGAUUAACAACGGAAUAACGUGUUGCUCUUUCACCUUUGAAGAAGGAUAUUGGCUUGCAUUAUAAUUCUUCAGUCCGUGUGUUGGAAGUAUGGCUGGCUGGUGGCUGAUUAUUGGUUUCCUUCCUGCCACUUCAUGAGUUGUUCCUUAUAUGGUUGAGUGGGAACGAACGAUGCCUUCUAGGAAGCAGUUUUUGUUUUCCUUGGUGGGACUGGAAGUGAAAAGGUUGGCGAGGUUGAACCUAAAAUUUAUGCCUCUGUCCUGCCAUAUCGGGAAGGUGGGUCAAGUUCGUUUUCUGGUUUACAUGUGGUGUUAUGGUUGUAUCGAGGAUGACUGCAACCAUUUGUG